CUCGAACUGCUAGCCGUCCGUGUGUGUUGUUGUUGAAGCAAUGAUGGCGGCAGCGGGAUGCGGAUCAGCAACCGCGGCUGCCGUAGGAAGCCAAGUUGGUACCGCUACGGCCAGAGGUCGUUUCCCCGGUCGGCCUUGGUCGUCACGGAGUCGUUUGCGCUCAGAGAAACGAUGGCAACUCGGACGAUCUGGCUCAGACGCCGAUGAUGUGACUAACGGAGGGCCAAGGCCCGCAAACCUGGUCCUAUCGUUAAACGAAGACCAGUCUCACUUGCGCUUACUCGGACUAGAGGCGAGCCACCAUACCCUCGGCCAGGCUGGAUACAGCUCGAGUGGGAGUGAAGAGGUGAGGUCCCAAACCGAACCAGGAGGAGAUGACUUCAGAGGGUUUGAAGCUGAGAGAAAAGGCUCCAAAGGACUUGUAUGGUUGCGACAAAACCCUUCUAAAGGUGAUGCUGUCAACACAAAAUCUAAACGACAAAGUGAGAAGCUACCGCCUAAAACGCCAGCGGUGGAGGCAGAUAGUACCCCACCUGAUCCUGUGAAGGAUGUAAAUUCUUUGGAGAAAACACACAGCGUAUCUCCUGAAGCAGAGCCUGGAAAGGACUGCAGGAAAGGUUCGAAAGGAAGAAACAGUAUGGAUCAACAGUCCACUAAAAGCAGAGCUACAUCAGCAGCACCAAGGAUUACUAUAAAGUUGGUGGCCAAAAGGAAACUGAAAACCGUAAAGGAGCCUCGUAAAAAAUCUGCGAAGAAGUUGAAGAUAAAGGGGAUCCAGGAUCAGCCUAAAGCCAAGGACAUGCAGGGCGACCAGAUCUCAAGUGCUCACGUCAAAUUAAAAACUGAACCGCAAGAGGAUAAACAUGGCACUGAAAAUGAGGGGGGGGGGACCGCACCCGCAAGAAGGCGCGGGAGAUCAGCUUCAAAGAAAACGGAACCAGUCUGCCAGACUAGCGCCAAAGUUGUGGUUGAUGACCAAAAAUCAAAAGAGAUAAAAUCCCCCGAUCAGUUUGACACUGUAAAGGAGAGUGGCACUGUGCAGCCAAAAACAAAUGCAAAAAAGUUGAAGCAUAAGGAAAUUGUCAGAGAGAAAAGUUUGGAGGUUAAUCAAAAAGUAAUUCGUAGAAGCAAUAGAGUCACUAACCCACUCAUUAAAAAAGUCUCAGACAUUACAGCUGAACCGGAAAGUCAAAGUAACAGUGAUGCCAUUGUGGUGGAGUCAAAGCCAGAAGUUUCUCAAACGAUGGAGAUCAAACCACCUGUAAGAAGUGCCCGGCGAAGGCAAAGCAAGAGGUUGAAUAAGGAUGCUACAGUGCAAGAAAACCCUGGUGCAGCAUCCACAGAGACCGAUCAUUUAUCUGAAAAAUCCAGUGGCAGGAACGAGGAAACGCCGGUUCCAAGUUUAAAGUUGAUGAAGAUCAGAAACCCUAAAUUUGAUGCACAGGCCAGUGGGAAGAAGUCAACUCUAAAGAAAAAGCAGAGAAAAAAAUUUGUCUGGACUUUAACAUUAGUAAAGAGAGAGAGUCAGACCCAGGGUAUUGAAAACGCUGUCAAAGUAACAGAGAAGACUGUGAGUGAAGUAGACCAGUCGACGUGUUGUGAUACCAGUCUCGACAACAGUCUGAAGGUGGUGGAUACAAAAUCUAAACUGGAUAACUCGGCCUCACAAGAGAGUAAAUGUGUGGACAAUGAUAUGGAGGGUUCCCAAAACAAGGUCGAUCCGUCAUUUGAGGAAAAGUCCACUUUACAGGUGGAAGUUGAAGUGGAACAAGUAAAUGAGACGCCUCCACAAGAAGUGAUUAAAAUUGAUUGUGGGAAAGUUCCACCUCUUCAGAUCAAAAAGGUCUCCUCUCCUGGCAAACAUAAAAGCUCAAAGCCAUCCUUUUUGAUUCAGCAAGUUAGCCCUGUGUCUGAAACUAUAGAGGAGGUUCUGAGAGGUCUGAGUGAAGUGAAUGAGGACAAAUCAUCGUGUCUGGAUACUGUAAUCACACCAACCAGGAGACUAAGGCGGAGGACACCCAGCUUUGAUUCACCUCAAAAGUCUGUCGGUCGUAAGUCAGUGACCACAAAGAAACGGAAGCUUCGAACAACUCCACAGGAUAAAGAUGCGCCGCAGGAGCACGUUGAAGAUGCCUUUCAGGCUUCAACUGAAAAUUCCAGCUCGCAUGCUCUUCCUAAAAAUGCCUUUCAAGAUUUGGCUGAGGACCCUCCACAGGUGACCAAUGUAAACUCCACGGAAGUUCCUGUUGAGGAUUCCUCAAAAGUGGCUGACGAUCCCUCACAGAUGCCAGUUGAAGUUUCUCCACAGAAGGUGGAGAAUGAGGUAGAACCACAGAUCCAGGAGGCCGAACCACACAUCGAAGAAGCUAAACCACGGAUCAAAGAGGCCACACCACAGAUCGAAGAGGCUAAACCACAGAUCGAAGAGGCCAACCCACAGAUCGAAGUGGCCACACCACAGAUCGAAGAGGCCAACCCACAGAUCGAAGAGGCCAACCCACAGAUCGAAGAGGUCACACCACAGAUCGAAGAGGCUAAACCACAGAUCGAAGAGGCCAACCCACAGAUCGAAGAGGUCAAACCAUUGCCUGUGCCCUCCAAACCUAGAAGACGUAGAAAUACUAAACUAAGGAAAAAGAGGUCUGCUCAAAGCAAAAAGGCUGUUGUUCCACCUGAAACUAAUGUUGGCACAGAGUUGGCUACGGUUGAAGCGACGAUCACAGAGUCUGUUGUAGUACCAGAAGUCAGUCAGUCGGAAACUAAAGAAUGUACCCAGCUUGAGCCAAAACAGGACGCCGUGUCCGUGGAAGAACAGCAGAUAUUCACACCGGUAAAGGAGGAAACCGACAUUCAGUUAAUAGAUACUCGACACUCUUUGGUGGCUGAACGUCCAGCGCGUGAUCCAGAAAGGCGACGGCACCUCCGAAAGAAAUCUCACAAAAAAGGAAAAAAGAAGCGUAAAAUUUUGAUUGGUCAGCGUCAGAAACACAAGCACAGGAGCAUAGAUGGGAAGUUUGCGCCACUUAAGUUUCCCCAAAGUCAGAAAAUUGUUGUGAUGGAUAGGGACAUGUCCACCCCCGUGGAAGCAAAAUCACCAAUUUCAAGUUCCAGACUUGUUGGAGUUCAUAAAAAACACAAAAAAAGACAUUCAGGCCUUCAUUUUAGAGGGUCCAAAAGGUCAAAACCACCAUCUAAAAUAAUUUCUCAGCUGAUGGAAAUGGGGCUUUGCGACAGUUUAAAGCAGGAAGAAACUGACACGUUAGUCGAUGAGAGACGAGCAAAUGUUGUUGAUGCCCAACCUGGUAAAACAAAGUUUGUGAAAAACAUCAAGCACUUCAUAAUGCCUGUUGUGAGUGCCAGAUCCUCACGCGUCAUAAAGACCCCACAAAGGUUUAUGGAUGACGCUGGAAUGUCAGUAUUGCCUCGAAGAAACUCGCCAAAGAAGGGUUUCCAACUGUGCCUGCCGAUGCGCCCAGGAAAGAGGCGAGACGAUGGGUCAGACAGGGCACUGUCCCCUAUCCUGCCGAUUGAUGAGGAGGACAUAUUGAGUGAAGCUCAGUUGGAUGUUGAUCUGUUUUCAUCUCAGGACUUGGAUGACGACAUUGAUAUAGCCGACAGCCUUUUUUCUGACACAAUAAGUGGCAAGAUUGAAAAGAAGAAAGCUCUUCCAAAGAACUCUACUUUCAAGUGGCAUGUGCCAGAAGAGUCGCGCGAGAGAGUGUACAAAACAGCCGAGGACAAAUGUGAGGAUCUGUUUUUAUCUACACCACUUGAAAAGCCCGAAGACGUAUCUACUGAACUGCUGGAUGCCCCGAAAAAGAAGAUUUAUCAGAAGUUCAAUCAACAAGCGGCUCAGUUCAAGAUUUAUCAAAGGCUAAAGAAGGCGCACACAGGACAUCUCAAAGGCAGAAACACAACUGAGACUGAUGGUGUGAGUAAACUUCUUCCACCUCCUGUUGACUUAGCAGAGGGACUCGAUGAUGAGGCCAAGAGCAUCAGCCUCAGGCAACGAAAUACAAAUGCAGGCAAGGACAAAUCCAAGCUCAAGAUCGAAGACCUCGAUUCUCCCGGAGUAGUGAGAAAAGUCUCUGUGUGUGUUCGGACGACCAACUCCAAAUCCUUUGCGAUUCAGCUCGGUGAUAAACAGAGCUCAGCCGGGAAAGACACUGCCCAACUUCACUCGGGAGAGCUGCCACCAGAACAGAAAUCGGGCACAGGGGAUUAUCUUGGACCUGUGGAGAAGGGAGCUUCACAACGAGCGCGCCUCACUGGCGCAAAUAAAAGAAUGUUCAAUCUCCUCAGGAAAGCCAAGGUCCAGCUCAUGAAGAUUGACCAGCAGAAACAGCAAAAGGCAUCUGGGCUGCUGUCUGGCCCUGCUGGUGCCAGGACUCGAGAUGUGACCUCAAAAAGAAAAAGGAGGAAGCAGAGGGUUCCGCUCGAUGCUGACAUUGCAGUCAAGACGGAGCCACCCCAAGGACAACCGCAGCUAAUCUCCCCGUUGUGUAAGGAGUUCCGUAAAGCCGGUGGUCCGCGUAUCAAGCAUGUGUGUCGUGCUGCAUCCGUGGUGCUGGGGCAGCCUCGAGCCUUGGUACCAGAUGACAUUCCCAGACUCAGCGCCUUGCCUCUGCAUGAAAGGACGGGAAUUUCCCCUUCAGCCAUCCCUAAAGAUAUCGGUUCUCCCUCUGAAUCGGACAGUCCCGGGCUGUCGGAUCCAAAGUUCAUUAAGGUCAAGAAGCAGUCGAAUUUUUCAAAACGGAAAGGACUCGGGCCGUUUGGCUAUCGCUCUCGGAGGUGUGGCAUAUGCAAAGGCUGCAACCACGAGGACGACUGUGGCAAGUGCAUGAACUGCCUCGACAAACCCAAGUUUGGUGGUCCCAAUACCAAACGACAGUGUUGUGUGUGUAAGAGAUGUGAUCAAAUUGAAGAGCGAAAAGCUCGCAGACUAAGUGGAAGAACGGCACCGAAAGGUGCCUCUAAGCGACGGCGAUCCUCUCUCAGUGGGGGACAUUCGAGUAAUGAUGAAGGGAACGAGGGAGGUGCAGAUUCACCAUCUGGUCUGCAGGGUGACGACCACAGUCCGUCGGUAAGGAAGCAGCCAAAGCGCGUUGUGAAACCCCGUGUCUACUUUGACCUCGUGGACUACGACUCCGAUCUGGAUGACAAAGCGCUCUCGAGCUCUGCCUCACCGGCCAGGAGAAGGAGCGCUGGAUCCCGUUUCAGUCAAGACUUUGUGUCACUGGAUGGAUUCCUUGGGGACAUUUCAGAUGAAGAAGUGAGGCAUCGAAAGUCCACCUCACACCGCGUCCCACCUCCUGCUCGACGUAAACCAGAGAAGUGUGCGUUGGAGCAGACUCCCCCCAGUGUCCUGGCUGCACUCGCCCAUGGUUUUGAGCAGAGAGACACGGAGUCUUCUAAACCUACUCAUAAAAUCAAGAUUGACUUCAAGGAGGACUGUACUUUGGACAACGUCUGGAAUACGGGGGGUUUAAGUAUAUUGACCUCUGCGCCGCCCAUGCCACCAUGUGUCUGCUUCCUCUGUGCCAGUAAAGGGCAACAUGAGAUGCUGUAUUGCCAAGUAUGCUGUGAGCCCUUCCACCAGUUUUGCCUCGAUCCAGCCGACCGACCCUCUGAGGAGAACAAAGAAAACUGGUGCUGUCGUCGCUGCAAGUUUUGCCACGUGUGUGGCAGGAAAGACAAGCAGUCAAAGCCGUUGUUGGAGUGUGAGCGAUGCCAGAACUGCUAUCAUACUUCCUGUCUGGGACCUAACUAUCCCAAACAAAACAAGAAGAGGAAAGCUUGGGUUUGUAUGACAUGCAUCAGGUGUAAAAGUUGUGGCGUCACACCGGGGAAGAGUUGGGACACUGACUGGAACCACGACAAAGGACUCUGUCCCGACUGUUCAAAACUCAAUGAGCUGGGUAACUACUGUCCAAUCUGCUUCAAGUGCUAUGAGGACAAUGACUAUGACAGUCAGAUGAUGCAGUGUGGCACCUGUAACCACUGGGUGCAUGCCAAGUGUGAGGAUCUGACAGACGAGCUCUAUGAGAUUCUGUCCAGCUUGCCAGAGAGUGUCGUGUAUUCAUGUCGGCCAUGCAGUGUGACCCAGCCCAGCGCUUGGAGAGAGCUGCUCUAUAUUGAGCUCAGGUCUGGGGUGGAAAAGGUUCUGGCUUGCUUGCUCUCCUCCACCCUGACCCAGCACCUUGUUGCCUGCUCACAGUGUGAGAAGUUGGUUGGUCCUGACAGUGGAGUAGAAGGACAGCCAGCCUGUGACCUCCGAGCUGUUGGCAAGAAGUUUGACAAAGGCCUUUAUACUACGUUGAAAAUGUUCCAUGAAGAUGUGGUUCAGGUUGUGCGAAAGAGGCUUGAGCAAGAGGAGGAUCUUCCAGAGGAGCAGAGACCGACUGCCCUUGCCCGCUCUUACUACUUAAAGCUUCUUGAGGAAGUGUUUAAUUGGUUCAACAGCCAAGACCCAAAGGUGUGGAACUCUUGUACCAAAGAAUUACCAAUGGGUAUGCUGUCCAAUGCUGUUCAUCCACCUACGACGGAGCAUGUUUAUGCCCAGUGGCAGGAGAGGGAGGAGCUCUUAUCUCGGGCUCCGCUGGGGAUCCUGCAGGACGACAAUAGACAAAGCUUAAUUGUAAAAGAGGAAGAAGCAGUUUCUCCAAUGUCUGGGGAGCUAAUAAACCAGAACUACUUCAAAACCAGCAGGGCUGUCAGGCACAAAUUCAAAGGGAAAAGGGGCCGCCUUUCAAAAGCCGAUUUAGACACUGGAUGGUCUAAGGAUGAUGAGAGACAGUGCGCUUUGUGCCAAAAAUAUGGAGACCUCAAACCUAAUGACGCAGGCCGGUUGCUGUACUCAGGCCAGAAUGAGUGGGCGCAUGUCAACUGCUCUCUCUGGUCAGCUGAGGUGUUUGAAGAGGACAAUGGCGCUCUACUUCACGUACACAGUGCUGUCACAAGGGGCCGCUUGAUGCGGUGUGAACGCUGCAACCAGACGGGUGCCACAGUGGGCUGUUGUCUCACAUCUUGUCAGAGCAACUAUCACUUCAUGUGUGCUCGCUCCCGUCACUGUGUGUUCCAGGAGGAUAAAAAGGUCUACUGCUACAAACACCGACAUCUCAUCAGUGGCAGGAUGGUAACUGGUCAGGAAUUUGAAGUGAACCGCAGAGUGUAUGUGGAUUUUGAGGGGAUCAGCCCCCGCAGAAAAUUCUUGACCGGACUGGAACCUGAAUUAAUCAACGUCAUUAUUGGCUCCUUACAGAUAGACCAACUGGGUGUGCUGACAGAACUCUCAGCUCGCAAAGGAAAACUGUUUCCUGUGGGUUUUCAGUGUUCUCGUUGGUACUGGAGUACAGUUAAUCCGUUGCGCCGGAGCAAAUAUACAUGUACAGUGCGGGAGGUCCGGCCGGUUGUCCUUGAGAAGCAUGUGGAGGAGAUGCCUAACCAAGGAGACAAUAACACAAUUGCUCACAGUCCCUGUCCACUAUCUGAAUCUGAAGCCCAAGAGAAUGAUAUACCGGAAUCCCAACCCCCAAUGGAGGAAACCUUUAUCCCAGGGCUAACCUUCAAGUUCGAUCACGGUGCAAGGCCAAAGAUUCCGAGAAGACCAGCUGGAGGAAUGUCCCGACCCCUGCCAUCCCCAGGGGUAAACAAGUUGAAACCACACCACAUAUUAACCAUAAGUGAUCUGGAGGAUACGCGGAGGGUUCUUCGCCACAGCCCACACUCUCAGACAACAGGCUCCCACAGUCACAUGCCCCUCCCUCCUCUGGGUCCUCUGACGGGACCCAUUACUCUCCUCGCUGGAAAGUCUUCCCUUCCCACUUCCCCGCUGCUCCCACUUGGGGCUCCAGACAACCUGAUAAAUUCUCCAUCAUCCCGCUCAGCUGGAGGUAGAAGUGCCUCCUCAGUCCGAUGCCCUGGGAAUACAAUGACCCAUUGUACAUCCUCUUUCUUUCCUCAGUCAACCUGGCAGGACAGUGCAGCAAGCCUUCCCCCACCAAGUCUGUCUUUCUCUCCAACCAUACAACAUCUACCGAGAAAUCGAUUGUCUUUUGAUCUGAACCAGUCGGACUCAGUCGAGGUGCCACACAACUUCUUAGCUUCACCAGAGCCUGAAGAUGUCUCUCCAGCAAACGGUACAUCACCACAACGGGAUUUAGACCAACAGAAGGGGGAAGGAAAAUUCCCCUUCAGUUCAUUCCACAAGGAUUCCAAUGUGAGUCUGGCCCAAGAGAUGAGGGCAGAACUGGAGAUUGAAGAGACACUCCUGAAUGAAGGCGUGGCAAUGAACUGUGGGGGGCAAAUAGUGGUGGACGGUGAUGAUCGGGAUGAAUAUUGGGGAAGAGCCCAAGAGGUACACAAGAAGAAGACUCUCGUUGCCAACCUGCCACGGUCUGCAGCUUCAGCCAGAGAUGACUUAAGCAACACUUCUUCUGAUGAUAAUAUGGAGCACUAUUUUGACUUCUCGAGGACCAUAGUCAGCUGUCCCGGAUCGAAGGACCAUUCCAAAUCUCCCUCAUCCCCUUCCUCCCGUUCUAUGGCUCAGCUAGAUGGUGUAGACGACGGUACAGAGAGUGAUGCAAGUUUAGCGACCAACGAUGAUGCUCAGAAAGUUGAGGGUUGUAGUCAAGCUCAGAUACAAGCCAGAAUCCUUAAUAAUAAAAAUGCCCCCGACUCGAACUCUACCAACAGCACACAGGGUGUUCAGUGUCUGUUCCCCAAGGCAUCAUCCAAUGAUAAGCACACAGAUUCUUCACCAGUCACCAUCUCAGUUGUCAGCAAAGGUCCUACAGAUGGUUCACACAAAGAUCCACCUAAAUCCCACGGUGCCAGUCUUUCAAAUGAGGACAACGUGGGAUUGGUUUCUCCACACAUUUCCAAAAAAUCUGAGGGUUUAUUCCAGUUUUCUAGCUUUGCCUCUGGAACACCUCUUGUUCUUGAGAGAUGUGACACUAGUCCACAUGUAACUGAGAAUGUUCCUUCGCAAGAAAGCCCACCGCUUCAGAGCCAACAAUCUGAAGAUCGUAAAGCCCUGAGCUCAGAGCCCGCCAGCAGCCACUCUACUGUAUUAAUGAACCACUUACCAGCUAAUACGAUGGAGCCCUCGCUAGCUGAUAACAGUCAGGGCGUCCUGCUCGACCUUCUUCAGCCCUCCCCUGAAAUGUCUACGGAUGUACAGAACCCCUCUCAAAGCCUCGUGGACUCUCUGCAGAUGUAUUCCUGUUUGCCAGCUUUCAGUAAACCUCGAACAAGUAUUACACUUCAGCCAGUAACAUCCUCACAAGAGUUAACUUUCUCAGCAAUGGGCCCCUUGUCUGCUAAACUAACCACCCUGAGUCCUGUUGUAGACAUGUCACAAACACUGCUAAGCGUUACCCCUCAACACGAUCCAGUGCUAUCAGCGAUGUCAGGAACAUGUGGAACGGUCUCUCUACCCAUCUACUCCACACAAACACAGCCAUUGUGCUCUCCAGGUGUCACCAUCGUUUCUUCUGCGUCGAUGUCCGCUCUUUCUGUACUUUCAACACAAUGUUCAUCAGCUCCAACCUCAGUCCAGACCACCUCGGCCCCCAUCAUCUUAAAUGGUUACAACUCUUCAUCCGUGCAGAAGGAGGCUACACCGGGCAACACGAUCUCCAUCAACUUUUCGGCUUUGGAGACUCAACAGCCAGUGGUUCCCCAGGCUUUACCCGGACACGCUAUUCUUACUGUGAAGGAGGUGGGAGGUCCCAAUGUCGACCAGACACCACAUGUCCUGCUGGUGAACCGCCUCGGGCAGAUCUUUGUGAAGAACCCUGAAAGCAACACUUUUCAGCUUCCCACUCCCAGCUCCUCCUCCUACAACUGUGUCACUCAGAUCGCCAGCCUUUUGCAAAGCAAUGCACUGUCGGCCACACUCGCAGCCGCUGGUAAUAUGACCACUCCAGCCCCCGGGGUCAGCGUUGCAGCAGCAGCUCCUCCGUCCGCAGUGCAGACUCCAACCACAAUUACACAGCUGCUCACUCACAAUGGCAACGGUACCGUGACACCAGUUAAUGUGAAGAAGCCGAGAAAGAGUGCAAAAACACCAAAACAUGAAACGGCUCCAGAGUUGAAAAAAACCAAGAAGAAGAAGGAUUCUAGUGCAUCCAAGAAAUCCAAGUCAUCCGGGCCUCAGCCUGCUCUGCCAACUGAGAAUGAUCCCAAGAUUUCUGCUGAAAGUGCCCAAGCAAUCAUCAAUCAAGCGAUGGCGAGUAACUACAUCCCCAAGUGGAGUGGGCUUCAAACACUAAGCCCAUCCUCACUGGUUUUACCACCUGGCCUACUCAUUGAACCGGAGGCUCCAGUGUUGCCCUGCCCUCCAUCAGUCACGGUAGCAGCAGCAGCAGCACCCUGGCCUCGCACCCAUGUCCGCAUGAAGAGAGUGUCUUCGCUUUCAGACCGUACUGUCACAAAGAAGUCUAAAGUGGACUUCUUAAAACCAGAGCCCCCCAGCGAGGACGAGGAGCACCGCAGACCAGCCGUUCCAGCCAUCGCCAGCAGAGCGCCAGGAGUCCGCAUCAAGACCCCAACAGUGAAAGGAGUACUGAACCUGGAUCAGCUGAAGGAGGAGCAUAUAAGUGAUUAUGAAAGUUCAGGAUCAGAGCCGUGGGAUUAUAUGUCUCAGUGUGAACAAGGCAAACAGCAUGCAUGGGAACCAGUGGGACACAGCACCCUGACUGACUGGAGGAAAUACUCUGGCGCUGCUUCUCCCUCGGAUGAUGAACCACCACCGUCUGAGGAUGAGGAAUUUCCAACGAAGAGAGAUCAGCCACACUUAAGAUUUGAGAUAACCAGUGAUGAUGGUUUCAGUGCAGAGGCAGACUGUAUUGAGGUGGCGUGGAAAGCAGUGGUCGAUGGGGUGCAGGAGGCGCGAGCUAUUGCACGGUUGAGACCUCUGACCUUUCAGAGGAUCACCGGCGCCCACAUGCUGGGUCUGGUCCACGAUGCAGUGGUGUACUUGCUGGAGCAACUGCAGGGAGCCCACCGCUGUCAACGCCAUGCCUUCCGUUUCUUCAAGCAGUUCACGCAGGAGGACGACCUCCCCGUCAAUCCCAGUGGUUGUGCUCGCUCUGAGCUGUAUCUUAGCAGGAAGUCCACAUUUGACAUGUUUAACUUCCUGGCUUCCCAGCAUAGACAGCUUCCUGACAUUGGCCCUUACGACGAUGAGGAAGACGAGGUUCUUUUGAAGUCCACAAGACGGGCUACUAGUUUGGAGUUGCCCAUGGCCAUGCGCUUCAGACAUCUGGAAAGGACAUCCAAGGAGGCUGUCGGCGUGUACAGGUCGGCGAUCCAUGGGCGUGGUCUGUUCUGCAAGAGGAACAUUGAAGCAGGGGAGAUGGUCAUUGAAUACGCAGGCAUCGUCAUUCGCUCAGUGCUCACUGACAAAAGAGAAAAAUACUACGAUGGCAAGGGUAUCGGCUGUUACAUGUUCCGCAUUGACGACUUCGACGUGGUGGAUGCAACCAUGCAUGGCAACGCGGCGCGAUUCAUCAACCACUCCUGUGAACCCAACUGCUACUCUCGAGUGAUCAACGUGGAAGGCCGGAAGCAUAUCGUCAUCUUUGCUCUUCGGAAGAUCUACAGGGGGGAGGAGCUCACCUACGAUUACAAGUUCCCCAUUGAAGACGCCAGCAGCAAACUCAACUGCAACUGCGGGGCCAGGCGAUGUCGCCGUUUCCUCAACUGAGGCAUCCCUCACAUGAAACUGGGAGGAUCCUGUUUACCAGUAAGCCUUAAAUUAAGGUGGCAUGGGCAUGGGGAGGCAGCAGGCAGUGCGCACGGAAGGGUAAUUAGCCACUAUGAGACCAGUCGGAAAUAUUUGGCUGGAGAUAUUUAGACAUUUUUAUGGAUAUUGGAAGAAGAAAAAGUGGAGCACCUGCACAGAAAGUUUGUUACGGCAAGUUUGUCCUUUGUCGAAAGAGUUCAGUUGUGCGUCAUAGCAGCAGUAAAUGUGGUUUUAGUGAUCAGGACAACGGAACAUUGAAACCAGACCGUAAUGUACGGGGUUCCUGGAUCAGUACGGAGGACAACAAUAGAAUUUCUUUAAUACACACGUCAAGCCUUAUCUGUUUGAAUCAUUGCUGAACACCUCUUGCUAGGUUUUGAGAGAUUCCCUUUAUGUUUUAUUCAUUUCUGGGGGGGGGGGGUCCUGUCUCUCUUACACUUGUAAUCAUGUCUGCUCCAUCCUCCAGUGAUGGGAACAUUAUAGCCCCAUCCAUGCAGUGGUGAAGUCAGUUCUUGAGCCAUACAUAUACUCAAACCUUUAUUUGUGUUUUUAUCUCACAUUUAACACUUCUCUCGUUGUUAAUGUUUUUAUUUUAUGUUACUUUCUUUUGGAGGGGGGGGGGGGGGGGCAAUAACAAAACAACCGUGGUGCUAAGCUUUGAAAGUCUUUAAUUUCUUUAGUUGGACACAAAUGUCCCGUAAAUCAGGAAUUGUUUCUCUGUUCAUUCACCCUGCUGAGACGUUUUAUCUUCAUGUCUGCACUCGAGCAGUUCUCCUGUCGUCAUGGGAAUGUAAAGUGUCUGUUCAGGCUUCACACUUUGAAUCAUUGGUGUGCUUUCUGUCACCUUCUCGCAUCCUAUGUUGAUUUCAAAUUAGAGAGCAAUGUAACAGUUUCAGUCGGUAACAUAGUGUCAUAUUUAUAAAGACAGGAACGUGUCUUUAAGGCAUGUUUUUCUCGAUGUACAGUGUAUGUAGCAAACACUACCCAAGCCAAAAGUGAAGAGUUGUGGUGAAUAUCCCUUUUUAAAAUAUAUAUUUUACUACUGUCAUGCCAGAUGCUCAUUACCUAUUGCAAUAAUACGUUGCUGCCCUCCAGUUGCACAUAAACAACCAUCAAACGUACAAAUAAUUUUCAUCUUUGUGAAGCCUGCUACAGUUUAUCUCUUAAUCGGGGAGAGCACUGGUAUAAAGCAUCGCCACUGAGUGUGUGUGUGUGUGUUUGUGUGUGUGUGUUCAGCUCCUGCACCAAGCUUGUUGACAACAUGGCGCACAGACUUUUUAGAUGUUGCAGAAAACAUUCAGUCUGAAAUGGAGCUGAGAGAUUGCACUCGGCACCUUUUUGAAAUAAUGUUUAAUUGUUGUUCUUAGUCGAUGUUCAGUGCCGUCAUUGAUGAGACUAGUCUAAUUCACACACUGUUCAAAUUGGUAGUUCUAUUUAUUCAUGUUCUGAUUUAUAUUUUAAACGGUUGUGCUUUGUAUUAACGGUGACGGUCCAGUUUAUAAGGAGAUCUCCCCCAUCUGUAUCUUUUUGUUCUGUUUACAACUGAUGUCCUUUGUUUCACUAAUUUACUUGAAUUUUAUUUUGGGGCAGUUGUGUCAUACAUUUAAAGCCUUUUUGACAGAAAUUGAUCGAAAGCAGGUAUUUAAAAAAAAGAUUACUAAUUUUAAUUCGAUUUUCUUUUUGUUACGGUAGAUUACUGACGGCCUUAGAAUCAGCCACAGGAGUAAAGUGAGCACUGUUUGCCCCCUUCCUUUUCUCUUGUUCUUCCUCACCCUUAUUGGAGCAAAUUUCCAUCAAGUUUUUGUCUUGAUCUUAAUCCCCUUUUCUUUCUUGCAUGUCCAAUCACUGGGAUGGAGCUCAGAAUAUCUUGUGUCAAUCACCUAGCUGACCACAAGAGUAGAGUCACUCCCAACUCCUUGCAAGGAUUCUACCUCAGCUGUUUAUACAGAUGUUUGGGAAUACUGAUGCAAAAAGAGAGGAUGAUAAUUUAAGAUUAGGUUGGUUUUAAUGUCCUGCAAAGCAUGUGUUUGUGCGUGUCUUUGUCUGUGUGUGUGUGUGUGUGCGUGCGCGUGUGUCUGCAACGAAGGAUGAAAGCACUAGUCAAAACCUGAAGUUAUCAUGAACAUCUCUCCCAGAAUCUGUUAAAGCUGUAUGUUAUAUAUACACACACAUAUAUAUAAAUAUAUAUAUAUAAAUAUAUAGUAGGGUUAUUUUAAAGUAAGUGUAAAAGACAUACAAAUAAGAAAAUAUGUGAUCUUUAAAUUUACGUCUUUGUUACCAUGUACAAAUAAACCCUGGGUUUGUAAAUAUUUGUAUACAUAUUUCUAAACCUGUUUAAUUUUUCUAUGCACUUUUUUUAUUUAUAAUGUUAUUUGCUUAAUAAAGAUGUUAAGAUGUUUGAACAAA